AUGGCUGCUGUUCCAGGAAUUUUAGUACCAGAGGCAUUGGGGUUGGGCAACUGGGUAAAGGCACAAGAGUGGGCAGCUGUACCUGGGGGACAAGCCACCAACCUGGGGAACCCUGUCCCUUGGGGCACCCUUCCCACCAUUUUGGUCAUUGAAUUCCUUGCCAUUGCCUUCGUCGAGCACCAAAGAAGCAUGGAGAAAGACCCCGAGAAGAAGUACCCCGGUGGAGCUUUCGACCCAUUGGGUUUCUCCAAGGACCCGGUUAAGUUUGAAGAGUACAAAGUCAAGGAGAUCAAAAAUGGUCGUCUUGCCUUGUUGGCUUUUGUGGGAUUCUGUGUUCAACAGUCAGCUUAUCCGGGAACAGGACCGCUGGAGAACUUGGCAACUCACUUAGCUGAUCCAUGGCACAACAACAUUGGAGACAUCAUUAUUCCUAGAGGAGUUUUGCCAUGA